UAAAAUUAUUAGAGCUGUUCAUUAGUCUAACUAAGUUGCCAACAUGCCAUGGAUGUAAAAUCACCAAUUCACAUGACUGCAACAUGGGACGUGGCGACAUAGAAGGAGAAACACGUGUCCCAUGAAGUGGUGAAAUUUGUGAGAUUCUCAAAGAUAAGAAGCAGGUGGUGAACAACAUUCCACGCUUUUCCAGCAAAGCAAGAAGCAAAACAGGAAUCUUCAACUGCAUCAAUCAUGCAGCAAAUGGACAUUCAUGUCCACCUUCCACUACCACCAGGUUUCACCUCUCGCCGCCGCUCCUCUUCACGAUCACAAACCUCUUCCUCCUCCUCCUCAUUCUCCUCCAAUUCCUCUUCCAAAUUCAUCUGUUCCAAACGAAACUUCAACAACGAAUCUCAACCAAACAACGACAGCAACAACAAUGGUGAUAAAUCUUCAACGGAUUGGGACAAAGCAUGGAAGAAUUUCAAGAAGCAAGGGAGGAAAACACUGUUUUCUCAAUUUUCACCAGAUAAGUAUGUGAGCUGGAACCCUAGGCGUACAGAUUUCCCUCUUUCUGAGGAAGUUGAUCCUAUCAAGAGAACAGAGAGAUCAAAUCUCAAUUUAUGGACUAGUCCCACUUUCACUCUUGGUGGAGCUGUUAUAAUUGUCACAUUUCUUUUGUUGUACACUAUUCUUGCACCAAUCAAUAAGUGAUCACUUUUUAUUCAAUUUGUAUAAAAAUGAAAAGCUGUUUGAUUCAAUGAACUGUAUCAAUUCUUAUUUUUUA